GCACAGGCGUGGACUGAGACAAGUGCGCAUGCGCGGUUCGACAGGCCCAAGCGCAGCGGCUAACUCUGAGGUGACUUCAGGAUACUAAACUUGUGUUCAGUAUUUUUAACGAAAAUAAACACUUAAAGGUUGAUUUAUUUUACUUUUUUAACACACUUUAAUACAAGAUGGCAUCGGGGACGCCAUGCCUGAACAGUCGCUGGGAUCAGCCCAAGUCCAAAGCAGACCUGCUGCAGGGGAUUAUGGGAAAUGUGUCCACUAACAAUGCAGUUAAGGUGCCCCCAAGUUCAGCUGUUACAUCAGGGGCAAGUUCUCCAGCUCCUUCUGCCCCAGCACAGGGAGGAGUGGAGAUGGCCACUGCAAUGGCUGCCAAGCUUAAUGCAAUGUUAUUGGCUAAAGGAAAACUCAAAGCACCGCAGCCUUUACCGAGUAAGGCUCCUCCUAGUGCCCCUGUACCUGUUAGCAGUGAGGAGAUCGUUGUCACAGAAGUGGAUAUUAAUGAUGUGCCUGUGAACUGCAGGAAUCUGCUGACCAAAAGCAAAACACAGGAAGAGAUUCGUCUGUACAGCGGCGCGCUGGUCUCCACUAAAGGCCUGUUCCUGGGUGAUGCUGAGAAGUCCACCUACAAAGGAGGAGAGCGUCCUCUGUAUCUGCACGUUCAGGGACGAAGCCAGGAUGAAGUCAACAAGGCCGUGAUGCGUAUCAAAGAAAUAAUCUCAGAGGAUGUGUUGCGAGCAUCAGGGGGCCAGCAGCCGGCUGUAAUGCCCCCGGUUCCUGUUUACCCCCAGCCCCCACGACCUUCUAUUCCCCCACAGCCACAUCUCCCUACGCCACGCCCCCCGAAUGCUCCUGUAACACCCGCACACAGACCCCCUCCUCCUCAUGCUGGGAGUUUUGUGCACACUAAGCUAUUUGUAGGAUUGGAGCAAUGCCUGCCGGACUUCAACGUGAACGAGAAGGUGGAAGGACCGAACGGCUCGUACCUGCAGCACAUCCAGACGGAGACCGGGGCACGCGUCUUCCUGCGAGGGAAGGGCUCCGGCUACAUCGAACAGGCCUCACGGAGGGAGUCAUUCGAACCCCUGUACCUCUACAUCAGCCAUCCAAACUCUGCUGGCCUGGAAUCAGCCAAGAAACUCUGUGAGAGCCUUCUAGAGACGGUGCGGGCUGAACACGCACGUAUGGUAUCUGUGUACACAGCUACUGGUUCCACACAAGCAACAUACCAGUCCCAUGGAUACUCAUCCUCCACCAGCAGUAGUUACAGCAGCCAGUCGUGGUACGGCUACCCCAGCGUUUACCCAUCAUACCCAGGGACAGGAAGUUACUGGAGUCGAGCAGACGGUGCAGACGGUGCGCAGAUGGUGCAGUACCCCGUGUGUCCUCGCAAACCCACUUCAUUUGUACUGCAGGAUGAAGUCAAGACCUCAGACGAUGCUGAAAACGACUCGUCCAGUGUUUCCAGCCCAAAGAGAUGUUUUAUAGAGGAGAGUGAAGAGGAGGAAGGAGAGCAAGAGUUAACACAGGAGCCUAAACCAGAUGGUCCAGUGGAAGAGUCCUUGUCUAGUGGUGGUGAUGUCAGCAGAUCAGACCUGACACUGAUGCCUCCUCCACCUCUACCUGUGGUGUCGCUCCCAGCACCACUCAAGAGACCAAGACAAGAACCUGGUCACUCACACGCAGAUGAAGAGGAGGUGAAGAAGGUGAAGAUCUCCUCAGACUCUUUAGGCCUCGUCCCUUACGGCGGAGACUCCUCGGACGAGGAAGAGGAGAAAAGUCACAGUGGGAGAAAAAGCCAUUCUUAACAAUACAUGCACACACUCAGAACUACCCCUGAACUACCCCUGACCCCCUUGAGUCCUUCUCUGAGCUGAACUUUUGAGUUUGGAAAAUGUAACUGUUCCUAUGGAAUAAAAUCUCAACCUCAAACAUCUCAA